AAGCAACAAAAACUCCUUAACCAAGCUAGAAAGAUGGAGGGAGUUCCCGACUUAAGUGCCCUGUUGAAAGGGAAGCUUCAAAUGCUCUCGACGAAAUCGUCUUCUGCCGGUGCCUCAGAAGUCAGGCCUGUUCCCACAGAUGGAGAUGUGAACUCUGAGCCGCCAGCUCAGAGUUCCCCAAAGAAGAAGGCCAAUAGGGCCAAGGCCAAGAACAGGAGUGUCCCUUUGGAAGAGGCACCACCUUCUGCCGAUGUCUCUGAAGUCGCGGCUAAGAAGAAGAAGAAAAAGGAGAGCAAGAAAAGGUCUCGUGAAGAGACUUCUGUUGGGGCUAUGGAGACUCCAACUGCCGCAGGGAAUGAUGGUGCGGAAAGAAACGAUCCAGCCGAUUCUACUCGGGGAUCGCCUGAGGAGCGUCCCAAGAAGAAACUGAAGAAGAAGACAGCGGAAGGCGAUGGGACUUCUGCUCCCGAGAUUCCUUCUAGAAGUGGGGAACCAGCUACCGAAGUCGGAGAUGGCUCACGGGAUGAAUCUCCGUCGAGUAAGGGAGCCCCUUCGUCUUCUGCGAGGGAGACUGGUGCGGGAAGCGGAGGUUCGCUUCCGCGGAAGGCGGGAGGAGGAGUUCGCUUCCCGGAUCGCGUAGAAUUCCUUUACGACGAGGCGACUCCGUUGGUUCUGAAUCCACUUCCGUGUGCUGAACUGACUCGUCAGAUUCGUGGCGGGACCAAAGAGUUGCCGCCGGUCGACGACUUAUACUUCAAAAAGGAGUACAUUGACGCGGCUAUGGCGGGCAGACGGAGUGACGGGAGCAUGAAUUAUCUCGUGGAGAAGUACGACAGCACUUUGAAGCAGACGAUGGUCCAGCUGGGCGCCUCGGAUAAACUCGCACGGACCAGAUUGGGCGUGAUCGAGAGGUUACGCGCCGAGAACAAAAAGGCCAGCGACAAAGCGGCCAAAGAGAAAGAGGUCCUCCGAGUUAAGUUCGAGGAGUUGGAAGACAAGCUGAAGUCUGACCGUCUUGCGAAGAAGGACGCUCUCCGCGAGAAAACUCGCUUAGAGCGAUUGGUCGCUUCCCUUGAGAAGGAGAAGGCUGAGCUCGAGGGAGAGAGGGACGCUGUCGUCGGAACGCUGGUCAAAGAGAGGCAACGCCUGAGGGAUUCCAGGGUUCAGGAGGUUACCCGCGAGAGGAUCAAGGUCCAAACGGCUAUGGCGGACAAGUCUACUCGCUGUAUCGGUAAGAUGAAGGGCUAUCUGGAUCGCCUUAUCGCGCGAGAGAAGGCCAAGAACUUAUAUGGGCAGGCUUCAGGAACCAAAAAAUGCCUUGAGAUGAUUAAAGAUAGCGGGAUCGCGAUUCCGCCGAGUAUGAUCAACAUCUUCUCGGAGCAGGAGAAGAUGUAUGAGGCUGAAGUCGCCAAUCUUUACCUCGAGCCGUUCUCUGAGGAUGAUUAUGCUCUCUCUCCUCUCAGCCUCCCUUCUCGAUUUGUGAAUGAAGAGCUCAUGGGGGUACUCGACCCGUAUGGAUCAAAUGUUGGUCUGAUUGGCCACGAAUCAGCCUCCCAGUUGAUCACUUCCCGCGAGGCGACUGAAGAUCCAGUCGAUGAGCCGAUGGUAGACAUUACUUCUGCUUUGUCGGAGCGUAUCGUCGUUCCCGAAGGAACUACCAUCGAAGAGCGCCCCGACGGGAGCGAUCCCGAGGAGACCGGGAAGCGAUUCAAACGGAUACGGGGGAUGUAG